CGCUCGGUUUCCUGGAACCGGCUUUACAGAUUGGGGCAUUUCUAAGUAAAACUAUUCAUAGGGGACAACGAACCCCUAGACAAGCAAGCUGUGCCUUCACUAGUUCUCGGAAGCGGAUGGUACUUCGAGCACGGAGAUAUCCUGGUGUUUGGGGCAUAUUUUGUGUGUAUUUCUCGCCGUAAGACUGCCAAACUGCCGCGCAUUUCUGCCGAAAGUGGCGUUGGUUACCGAGAGCAGGAAGUGGAGGUAUGGACUCUCGCGGUAAAUCUCUAAACCCUCGCGACCUUGCUUGUGUGGGCGCGCUUGCAUGGAGGUGAUCGACCCAGUACUGACGAUAACAAGCAGACAAAUGUUAUGGUCGAUUCUACCUUACGGGAUCCCGGGACGAGUUACGAGGUUCAGCGGCAGGGAGCUGAGGACAGGCCGGCCAAGAUGAGGUCCCGCCUGCCUCCCAACGCCAAGGCUCGCAGCACCGAGUUCGACCUUCAACGUAUCAUGAAGACUUUGAACUUGCUAGAGGCGAGCGGAUGGUACUGGGGGUCUUUACCGGGAGGGAAGGCUAAAGCCCUACUUCGCUCUAAACAGGACGGGACGUUUCUGGUCCGGGACAGCGAGAACUCUGCUCAUCUCUUCAGCCUGAGUGUAAAAACUCCUCGGGGACCGACCAGUGUCAGGAUACACUACACCGAGGACGGGAAAUUCAGACUAGACUCGGAUAAAAAAUCUGACACGCCAGAAUUCGACUGCGUGGUGAAAUUAGUGAACUACUACAUGGAAGAGACGAUAGCGGGACGAGACAAACAUUUCUGGCUAGAGCCGAGCGGAAGGAGAGAGGUUCCGGUCAAACUUUGCCGCCCCUUGAAGGGGCAGAUCCCCGCGUUGCAGCAUCUGUGCCGUACGGCUAUCCACAGACAUACGGCCGACGGGGAGGCCCACAAACUUCCGCUACCCACACCGCUAAAGAGAUUCCUGCUGGACUAUCCGUACAAAGUAUGAUCAAUUCCACAAGGUGAACAUGAACUUCGCAGUAAGACUUUAUAAUACAAACUCAGUCAGGCAUUGUAAAUUAUGAGACUCUUACUCACAGACAGUAAAAAAGUUACAGAGCUUGAUACAAACUUCCGGCCAAAGACAUAUGUUCUAGUUUGUACCGGUUUGUCUAAAUGUGAGGAAAUUGUGUACAUAAUGAGUGUACAGAAUUCUGUGUUAGUUUAAUAUUUAUUAGAAAUUCGCAUGUUAUUUUAAUAUGAUAUGUUGGUCAUUUUCUGUCAUAUACGUGUCGGCUAGCCAGUUCAAGUUGUAAUAGCCACAUGUUUUGUAAAGCCAGUAAAUCCCGACCAACAGGCAUUUCCUCUGCCGUCUGUUGUGUAGCUAGGCGACGUGGCGAGGGAACAAAAAGGCCAGUAUUGUCUGUAGAGUUUAGACUAGGUCAGGCGUUUAGAAUGCGCCUUCACAGUGGAAAAUGCCCGUGUAGAAAAGGAUUACAGUCAUUACACGAAAGGCAAACUCUCUCACGAAAGGAUGUAGUGUAAGAAGGAUCAGAUUUAUGUUACAUGUCUCAGUCAUAUGUGUAUUGUUCAUAUUUAUUAUCACAUUGUUCAUAUACGUUAAUACUUAUGCACAUCAUACAUGUUCCACCGUUGCAUUUUGUUGCUAAUAAUAGAGUGUAAUUUUGUGUAUGGCAUUUGUUAAUAUGACCAUAUUUGGCACGUA